AUGAGCGGGGAACGUGAAGUUAAAACUGGAAAAAUUUCUAUUUCCAAGACAUCUUUUCUGAAGGCAAAGACCUGGAUUGGUCGAUGCUGCACAUUGUAUGACAAGACAAAUACAUCACCAGCCAAACUUCAGCUCACAGACGAAAACAACCCUGGUACAGAGUUGAAGACUUUUAUUCUUGAAGAUGUUAGCACCAUACAGAAAAAGAUAUGCAAAUCUAAGAGCUGUCAAGUUGAAAUUAAUUGGCGGAAGGAGAAAUUUUCAUUUCUCGUUGACAGUGAACAGGAAGCAAACAGUUGGAUUGACCAUUUGAACCAUGUGACAGGCUUGGACAAGAAGGCCAACAAAAAGAUCUCUGCAGAAAACUUGUCUAUUUCAAGUUUAGUCAGUGAUGACACAGAGAUUUUUGUCAAUAAUACUGAAUACCAGUCUCUUGACAUGUGGACAUAUGAUGUUGAGAUGACCGAUACAGACGCUUCUUUACGCUGUCAACUGAUAACUAACCAAGAAGAAAACCUGUAUGAAGAAGCGGCACCAUUUACUGAUGAGAGAAAUGCCUGUGGAGGAAAAUUGCUUCCGGUUCCUGUAGUCAUGACCCAGAAACCUUUUAUGGAACCUACAACAAUAGAUGAUGGAUACAGAUGA